AUGGGCAAACGGGCCUCCCCGCUGGGUUUUCACGAGACGCAGAUGAAGCAGCACCUGGACCGCGCCCGGCAGGGUUGGGGGGGGACCGCGGCGGACGCAGGGCCCAAGGACCGUGAGCACGAGGUUGGCGUGGCUGAGCUGGGGAGCUCUGCCAGUCCUGGCCAGCCGAGGUGGGAGCAGUGGGUCACCUGGGGGCCCCGCUCCGCUCAGCAUGCUCUUCGUCCUCGGAAGGCUAGACCGGAACAUGCUCACGAUGGAGCAGCCACAGGGAGGCAGAAACAGGGGGCCUUCGGAGGUCGAGACUCUGCGGGGACACAGCGCCACUUUUACUUCCUUCUCUUGGUGAAGGAGAAACACGGACCAACCAGAGACAUGGUGGGAAAGCACAAACCGGGUCAAUGGGCAAAGGCCUCGGAGAAGGCGCAGGAUCGAACCCGGGCUAGGGUUGGCUUGGUCCCUGGGGCAGACAUGACUGCCUGGGCCAUCGGCAGACUCCGGGCCCCACCGUGCCCCACCCUGCCUUGGCCGGAGUCUCCCCGGACCCCUCUUGCUUCCAUCCGGUCACUUCAUCUAAACGCCCGUCACGUCUGCCGCCACGGCUGUCCUAGCUCGCUUGGUCCCUGA